UGUGUGCCACCAUUGUAACAAGGCGUUUGCUCGACAAGAUGCAUUGAGUCGCCACCAACGACCUAGUGGAGGACAGGGACUAUGUUGCAGUAACAGUACCGGUAACGGCUAUUCAACAACAUGAUCAUCCCCUUGAUCCUUUAUCUUUUUAAAAAUCAUAGCUCCAUCACAGUAUAUCAUACCCUUUUCCUUUCUCUUUUAUGUAAUAUUAUCUUCCUCUUGUUUUUGUAUGAAACUUAUGGUUGUAUGUAUGACUCCUUUUAUGAUAAUAAUAAUUACCUGCCACCACUCCCUUUAUGAAUUUCAUGUUUUCGGGCGUUACUAGAUAUUUGAUUGG